AUGGCUAAGCUUGAACACCGGAAUCUAAUCAGACUUCUGGUCUAUGAGUUCAUACCGAAUAUGAGUCUUGAUCGCUUCUUAUUUGAUCCUAUCAAGCGUGAGAGAUUAACCUGGGAAAAGCGAUACGAUAUCAUCGUAGGCAUUUCACGUGGAUUGCUUUAUCUUCACGAGGGAACUCAUCUUCCCAUUAUUCAUCGAGAUCUCAAGGCUUCCAACGUCCUCUUAGACGAGCAAAUGCAGCCCAAAGUUUCAGACUUUGGCAUGGCGACGCAAUUUGAUUUCGAUAAAACCCAGGAAACAACGAGAAGAUGGAUAUAUAUGGCUCCAGAGUACGCAAUGCAUGGAAGAUUCUCGGUUAAGACAGACGUUCACAGUUUCGGUGUUCUUGUUCUUGAGAUCAUCAUGGGUCAGAGGAACAACGGCUAUGGACAUGGAGAAAACACAGACCAUCCAAGCCCUGCUUGGACAAGUUGGAUUGAAGGAACAUUACUGAUGAAUCUUGUUGAUCCUUUUCUGCAAUCUUUUUCGGAGAAACAAGUGGUUCGAUGCAUAGAAAUAGCUCUCUUAUGUGUUCAAGAAAAUCCGAUGAAGAGGCCGACAAUGGCUUCUAUUGUUUCAAUGCUUAGCCACGAGUCUCUGCCGCUCCCAACGCCAUUACCGAAGGAUAUUCCUCUGUCUGUAAAUGAUGUUUCUGUCACAGCGUUGUCUGCACGUUAG